AUGCAUUUACCUACUGAUGACAUCUCCUUGUUACAUUCAGCCAUUCCUUUUCUGCCUGUUCCAGCAGCAAUAUUAUGUUUUUUCCUUAAUUUUUUCGUCGCUGGAUUGGGGACUGUCGUAAGCGGUUGCCUAGCAUUAUGUAUGGGUCAAACACGUGUAAAUUAUCGUGAAGCACAAAAACUAAUGACACUGUUGAUCAACUCUAUUGUCGGUGUUUGCCAAUUUUUUACUAUAACGUUCAUGUUUGUUGGUUGGUUUUGGUCAAUUGCAUGGGGUGGAACGAUGAUCAUUUACGCAGGCAUGCAAUAUCGAGAUGCAGUUCGACGACGACGAAAAGAAGCGAUUGCAAUGGCAGCGCUAGAAGCGCUUACUCGAGAUUCUAUCCUACAUCGCCGCGACGUAAGAACUUUAGUGCAAGAGCAGAUGGAUAAAGCUGAAAGUUAA